GGAAAUAUGAUGGCUCUUACUGGAACAACUCUUAUUAUAAGAGACACCACUAUGGACAAGAAGUUCACACACCUUUGUCUGAAUGAAAAUAAUAAAAUCGAAUGAAAAAUUAACGAUGACACUUAUUCAAGACCAUAUCACUAUAAAGACUAUCACCCGAAGAGAGGAGACGUUCAAGAAGUGUAUGCAAAUCCCAGGAUUUCCUACACCCCUCAAGAAAUUAAGAGGAAAGCUGAAGACCUGAACAAGCCAUGGAACUACUUUGAUAAACCAAAUCAUGAUCUCUAUUCCAAAAAAAACUAAGUCUUCCUAAUGAAGACAGAUACGAAAAUAAUAAGAUUGACAGAGGGCUAGACUAUGGUGAUUAUAAGAAGAAAUAUUUGGAAAGAGAAAGUGUUAAGAGAAAGCCAGUUGAGUCUAGACUUGAUUUUGUGUCAAAAACUCCACAGACUGUAAAGAGAGACAAAAGAGAUCAUAGAGAUGAAAGAUGGAGAGAUAUGGUACCUGAUAGCCCUAGUGAGAGGAAGAGAGACAAGGAUCAAAGAUCUCAUUAUAAUGAUGAUAAGAGACAUAAUGGAAGAGAAAUUAAAGCAGUUUCUGUUACUCCAGUGAAAUCAGUCUACUCAAGAUAUCCCUUGACAUAUAAAAAUGAAAUUUCUGACUCAUCAAAGCAGGCAUAUAAAAGAUAUAAUUAUGAGCCGAGAAGGAGUGAUCAAUCUGAAUUUACUGUUGAGGAUGCAGUCUCUCAGGCUCCAAACCCGAGUGCUCAUCCUAAACCAUCAAAAGACUUUAAAAGUAGUAAAACUCCUCCAGAGUAUGAUCUUCCUGACCCUGUAUAUGAUAGGGUUACUGGAGGCUAUUUGGCUCCUCAAAUUGAGGAAAAUCUUGGAAAGAAAACUUUGGUUCUUGAUCUCGAUGAAACAUUGAUCCAUAGCUGGUUCAAACCUAUAAAUAGUCCUGAUCUUUGCUUAGAUGUAAAGAUUAAGAACAAAUUUACCAAAAUUUAUGUUCUCACACGACCUUGGGUAUAUAACUUUCUGGACGAAGUUCAGAAACUUUUUGAAGUUGUUAUCUUUACAGCUUCUGUUUCAACUUAUGCAAUUCCAAUCAUCAACAAGCUUGACAGAACAGAUUAUCAAUAUCAAAUGCUGUUCCGGCAACAUUGAGAUACUAAAUCAGGUUCAUUUGUGAAAGAUUUGUCUAAAUUAGGAAGAGAUUUAAAAGACUGAGUCAUCAUUGACAAUACUCCUAAUUGAUAUCGCCUUCAGAAGAGGAACGCCUUGCCUAUCCUUUCAUGGUUCGAAGAUCCAAGAGAUAGAGAAUUAGAUAAACUUCUCCCUAUUUUAAAAUAAACUUGCUAAGGUUGAAGAUGUGAGACCGUAUAUCAAAUAAAUUAGUGAACUCAAAUGCCAUUAACUUUGAUAAGAUUUACAGAGUCUUUAGAAAUGUUAAUGAGCACGACUCUUUGAAGAGGAGUUUCUCCUUUAGAUCUGACAAAGAUCAAAGGACAGAGAUUAGUAGAUCUAAAAAUAGACCCAAAAGCACAAGAAGGCGCAAUAAGGAUAAACAUUCUAAGACAAAAGAAAUUGAGACUUUAAGAGGCGAUAGAUCUGGUACUACAAUAAACAAUGAAGAUGGUCAAGUACAAAGUAUGAAAUCACUCAAGAAGGAUUCAGACUUAAAAUCAAAAAUAAAGCAUUCAUUUGUAAAUAUUAAUAAUGAGAAUAAGAAGAUAUAUCCAAAGAAAAAGAGAAUAGCUAAAUAUACCUCAUCAAAGAAGUUGUCAAAAGAAAAGAAGAUCAAUAAGGAGACUUCUUCAAAGCUCUUACAAAAGAGUAGUGAGAGAUUAAGAAGAGAGAUUCAACAAUACUCUUCAAAAUUAAAGAGAUCAAUUGAAAGUUUUGACGUCGAAGACAAAGUCCACUCUAUCCACCAAGAAGAGACUUCAAAACUAGCAAACUACGCUCACCACCUAAGAAAAUCAUACCUCAGAACUGGUAAAUCAAAGAAAAGGAUAACAUAAUCCCCAAUAAAACUCCAAUACUGACCUACAACAUUUUUCA